AUGGAAAAGCCAAGUCUAACAGAAUCACGGUGGAAUCCUAACGAAGCUACCGUAUUGAUGAGCUUGGGCAUUGGUGCCUACAAAGUUGGUGGAGCCGAGCCCUGCCAGCAAGUGGAGGAGCUGGAUGACCCAAAACAGGCAGGAGAUUAUCACAAGCGUGCCUUAGAUAUUCGGUUGAAAGAGCUAGGACCUGAGCAUUUUGAUGUCGCAGCGUCAUAUGAUAACCUGGGUCUUGUACACCGUCGGCUGGGUGACCUGAAGCAGGCAAAAGAUUAUCGCAAGCGUGCCUUUGAUAUUCGGUCGAAAGAGCUAGGGCCUCAGCAUGAUGAUGUCGCAACGUCAUAUAAGCUGUGUCUUGUACAGCGUCAGCUGGGUGACCUAAAGCAGGCAGAAGAUUAUCACAAGCGUGCCCAAGAUAUUCGGUUGAAAGAGCUAGGACCUGAGCAUGUUCAUGUCGCAACGUCAUAUGAUAACCUGGGUCUUGUACAGCGUCAGCUGGGUGACCUAAAGCAGGCAGAAGAUUAUCACAAGCGUGCCCAAGAUAUUCGGUUGAAAGAGCUAGGACCUGAGCAUGUUGAUGUCGCAACGUCAUAUGAUAACCUGGGUCUUGUACAGCGUCAGCUGGGUGACCUAAAGCAGGCAGAAGAUUAUCACAAGCGUGCCCUACAUAUUCGGUUGAAUGAGCAAGGACCUGAGCAUGUUGAUGUCGCAACGUCAUAUGAUAACCUGGGUCUUGUACACCGUCGGCUGGGUGACCUAAAGCAGGCAAAAGAUUAUCACAAGCGUGCCCUAGAUAUUCGGUUGAAAGAGCUAGGACCUCAGCAUGUUGAUGUCGCAACGUCAUACGAUAACCUGGGUCUUGUAUACCAUCAGCUGGAGGAGCUAAAUCAGGCAGAAGAUUGUCACAAGCGUUCCCAAGAUAUUCGCUUGAGAGGGCAAGGAACUAAGCAUGUUGAUGUUGCAAUGUGCUACGAUAACGUAGGUCAUUUUCAGAUUUAGCAGGGUGACCCCUAAACAGGCAAAAGAUUGUCACGAGGGUGCCCUAGAUAUUCGUUUGAAAGCGCUAGGACCUCAGCAUGUUAAGAGCGAAUGUUUGAAUUGACCGAGUUGAAAUCGAGAAAUGUGGCAAAUGAUCGAAAAAUUGAAAACCUUCAUAUUUUGCCCAGAGAUACCUUAUGGUAAACCCAGAAACGUGGUAAAGUUCUUUUUUCCCAGACUUGUUUUGUUUAGUACAAAAUUCACGAAAACUGAAACGAGCGUCGGUAGCUGUAAAAUGGCGGAAAUCAGUGCCCCUAGUAUUGGCAAUGAGCUUUGCUCAUGAACAACGCAAAAGAAAGCAAGCUCGUAUCAAUUUGACAAUUUUUUUUAGGAGGGAUUGAGUUAUGACUUAAGUCGAAAACGGGAACAUUUCAUUUAAUUUUGACAUCGCGGAACGCUUUUAAAGAUCACCAAUAUUUCAAAAUCGAAAUAUUGCAUUUCGUACCAAAUUUUCUAUUCUCAUUUUCCCCAUGCGGUAUAACUCAGAAUCGGUUCAAGUUAAGCUCAUGAUAAGUGGAAAGAGUGUUGUUUUCGAGGAUAUAAAAAUUAGCCUGGGGCUUUUCAUUUCCUCGCGGAAAAGCCAGGCUGAACUUUUUGAAAAUCACAACAUUUAUCACAACAUCGUCAUUUAAGUCACGACAUAAUCUAAUCAGGGACCCCGUCAUAAAAUCUGGAAUUUCAAGCACAUUUUAGAAGUUAGCAGCGUGUUUGACCAGGAAGUCAGUACAGUAAGGUAGCCUUUCGUAGCUAGCCACAGUAGAUUGGUUUUUGAGUUAGUUUAAAAAUAAAAAACAAAACCAUAUGUUAG